AUGUUUAUUUCUCGCUCAACUGUUACUCUUCACAGAGCUCCUGACUAUUAUUCCAAAAAUGUUUUUGUUCCUGAAAAUCAGGAAUACCAGACACCACGCGGCAAACAUCGUUCAGAUUUCUGGCUUGAAGGAACUCCAUACGUAGCUCUUGAUAAUAUUGGAGCUGGAGCAUUUGGAGUUGUUUGCAAGGCUCUGGAUACAAGAUUCAAAAAACCAGUUGCUAUCAAAAAAGUGCGCGAUGCUUACAAAAGCAAGUCAUCUGCAAAGUGUGCAUUAAGAGAAAUUAGAAUUCUUCGGGAACUGUCUCAUGAGAAUGUGAUAAGUGUCACAGAUGUGUUUAUGACUGGAUCUGGAUUUGAGAAAGAUGUUUAUUUGGUCAUGGAACUCAUGGAAACAGAUCUUCAUCAAGUUUUACGGUCGAAUCAAAGUUUCAAAGAAGAUCACUUCCAAUAUUUCUUCUACCAGUUGAUUCGCGGAUUGAAGGUUUGUUUAUCUCCAUUCGGCUGGAAUAUACAUCGUGAUCUAAAACCCUCCAAUCUACUUCUCAAUGGAGAUUGUCUCUUGAGAAUAGCUGAUUUCGGAAUGGCAAGAUCUGGCCCAUCAACUCGAGUCGCUCCAACUGAGUCGACUUCGUUAAGAACUUCCAGUGUCGGAAGUCAUUUAUCACAAUAUGUGUCAACACUUUGGUACCGAGCACCGGAGAUUCUAUUAUCAAUGGGAGAGUAUGAUACACAAGUUGACAUCUGGUCCGCAGGAUGCAUCCUUGCUGAAAUGUUGCUUCGUCGUGAAAUUUUCCCCGGAAAAGACUCAUACUCUCAAAUCAAAAUGAUCAUUAACAACUUGGGAACCCCGGAAAAGAAAGCAUACAAGAAAAUCACAUCCCCUGAUAUCAGAGAUUAUAUUGUUUCAUGCGGUCCAAAAAGUGCUCUUUCUUUUUCAACAAUCGUUCCAGAUGCUAGCACAGAUGCUAGAAAUGUUCUUUCAAAUCUUCUACAAAUUUCUCCUUGGAAUAGAUCAUCUGCAGAACAGAUUUUGAAUCAUCCGUUUUUAACAAAAUGGCACACCGUCAACAACGAGCCCAGUUGCUCGGAAAAAAUCUGCAGGGAAAUUCAAGAGAUUGAAAAAUACGACGAUGAUCAUAUUAUAAAAGGUUUGGAAGGCGAGGAAAGACAUUUUGGAAUGCUCCGUGGAAACUUUUAUGAGAUUGAAAGCGAAGAAGAUCAAACCAAAAAAGGAGUAGAAGAAGAGAAAGUGGUUCAAAUGAAUCCUCUGAAGACAGUGUUGAAUAAGUUCAUAAAUAAGAAACGGAAGAGUUGA